ACAAGAAAUUAUCCAUCAGCAACACUACCAAAUAAGGAGCAUUUACAUAAACUGAGACGCGGACUAGGCCUGUGUGUGCAUCCACAACAUAGAGCAUUACGCUAUACGCGGAGAGCAGAGACCGGGACACAGCAAUAAGGUUGGUCGGCGUGCGCGAGGAGCCAUGGAUCCUAGUCUUCUAGAACGGCGCACAGCGGGAUACACAUCAAAUGUGGAGCAGGCCAGGCUCGGAGAAACGUGGGGUGCAGAAGAAGACAGGCACGUUUGCCGGGCUGUGCUCAAUUCAUGACGUUAAGAUCGCGGAUGUCUGGUUCUCCGGAAAGACUCUGUGGAGGAUUUUUUUUCGGCAAAUGGCGCCAGCGCGACCGGGCCGCCUGAUGCUGAUGGCUUGGGAUGUGGCAGAGUACCAAAGCAGGUACGCGGUGAGUUGGCAAAGGCGAUCCAUGGUUGAGCUACUUUCUGUGGAUUUGCCCACUUUGCUGUCUUGCACUCGUCUUCGGCUCCUGCAUUCCUACACCAAAACCCACCCUGCAUCAACAACGUCCUUAUCGCCGUCACCACGCGCAGGUAAGUGCAUUCUCACCAGGCCGGUCGCGCGCCGGCGGCAGUCUGGAUGGUUGGCAUCGCUGGCGUGGCGUGGCGUGCCCGUGGUGGAGAGGCGAGCGCCUAGCCCGAUCUAACGCAUCCCAGUCGGCCUCGCUAUCCAUCCCAUCCCGUCUGCGACUCCAGCCCAGCCUCUGGAGCGCCUCUCCUUUGCCCUCGACAUCUUUAACCGCCCUCCUACGCUCCCUCGCCUCGGUGCGA